AUGGUGAAUGAUUUGGAGCGAUGUCAAACAGCUCUUAUCGAAUUACCCGAAGAUAGCAUUGUAUAUGAUUGGUUCUAUGCUAUUCAUAAAUUUUAUAAUCCAAUUCAUACAUAUUUAUCAAUUGCAAUAUGUAUUUUGGGUGCUAUGUGUAAUUUUUGUAAUAUUCUUGUACUUACAAGGAAACGAAUGCAUACACCGGUAAAUAUGAUCUUAACAGCAAUGGCAUGUUGUGAUACGGUAGUAUUAUUUUCAAAUUUAGUAUAUACGACACAUUAUACAUUCUCAGCAUUGUCUAAUUGUCAUCCGGAACAAUGGAGUUACGGUUGGGCUGUGUUUCUUGUAUGCCAUGCACAUUUAUCACUUAUUGGUCAUUCAAGUAGCAUUUGGUUAUCGGUUAUGCUAGCAUUAAUACGAUAUAUGACAUUACGGAGUAGGAGGAAAAUCAACAUCGCGCAGAUUCAUUUACGACAUUCAUAUAUGGCUAUAGCAUUCGUCAUAUUAUUUGUCAUAUUAAUGAAUACACCAAAUUUUCUUGCUUAUAAAAUUAUUAAAAUGAAACUUAGCGAAACGUGUAAUGUUACCGAUAUUGACAAUCGUGAUGCACCUGCUUAUAUACCUAGCGUUUCUGAUUUGGCACUUGAAGCGCAUUGCUUGAUAUUUCGAAUGGCAUUUUGGAUAUCAGGUACAAUAUUCAAAAUGAUCCCAUGCUUAAUGUUAUCAUCUUUUGUUUGGCUGUUAAUGAAAAUUUUAACAAAAGUGCAACAAAAUCGACUCAAACUUUUAAAUGCAAAUCAUUCAACACGUUCCUAUAACGGACGAUAUGAUGGUAGGAAGGAUGAUCGAGGAAGAAAUGAUAAUAACAAUGCAAAACAUCCAGCAAUAACUAAGGCAAAUACAAGUAUUUAUCGCGCAGAUCGUACCACCCAUAUGUUGCUAACAAUUUUAUGCGUAUUUUUAAUUACCGAAUUACCGCAAGGUAUUAUGAUGGUGCUUUCUGGCAUUCUUCCGGAAGAAUUCAGAAGGCAUAUCUAUAAUAGACUUGGAGAUCUGCUGGAUUUGUUAUCACUAUGUAAUGCAUGUACAACAUUUGUGAUUUAUUGCUCAAUGAGUGAACAAUUUAGAAAUGAAUUUAAAGAAAUAUUUUUGCCACAAUCAUUGUUUGGUUACAAAUUAAGUUGGACUUUUAAACGAGAGUACAAAGAACCGUCGUCACCUUCGCAAUCUCUACUAAUGUAA